GUACGCAAUUUACGCUCUGCGGUAUGAUGGAAUUCAAACAAGGAGCAUGGCUUUCUUUGGCUGGAUGCGCACUUCUUCUUUGUUUUGUUCUGUGCUGUUGUCUCCUUCGAAAACGGAAAAAGUUUCUGACAGUUCCUACAAAUGUGGUGGUGGUCCAUCACUUCUUUGGAAGAGGGUUGAUGGUUCCCAGCAAGUCGCCAUUCCCAAUGAAACUUGAGACGUUUCUACGCAUGACUAAAACGCCAUAUAUGAAUGACCACAGCGGGAGAAUGUCCAAGAAAGGUAAAACACCAUGGAUCAAAUUCAAUGACACAGAAGUUGCGGAUUCCCAGUUCUGUAUAGAUUUCCUGAAAAAGAAAAACGGCAUCGACCUGAAUACAGAACUAUGUUCCCAGAAGAAAAGCUCUGUUUUACAUUUCAGGACGCUAUGUAUCGAACUGUUCUGUAAUAAAGACAACAUACCAGUGUUGAAAAGUUCAGCACCAGUUAAGGGAUUUGGCUUUUGGCUGUAUUAUUGGUUUGUAAGACGUGCCAUAAAAAACGCCACCUGGGGACACGGCAUUGGACGCCAUAGUGUGGAGGAAGUCUGGGGCAUAGGUCAAGCUGAUAUUGAGGCUCUGUCUAACUAUCUGGGUGAUAAGAAAUUCUUCAUGGGAGACGCCCCCAGUGAAAUAGACUGCUCUCUAUUCGGAAUGCUGACAUUUCUUCUGGUUAGCAUGCAGGGGACAAGAUAUGAAACAUUUACCAAAGAGAACCACCCCAAUCUUGUGAGUUAUUUCGAUAGAAUGAAGUCAACCUACUGGCCAGACUGGGACAACUUGACCACGGCCAGCGAUAAGUUUACCGAUGACCAUGGCAACAUUUAUUUUUCUGAAAAUAUUCCCAAAUGAAACAUUGCUGGCAAACCAAUUUCAAAAUACUAGAAAUUGUAGUAAAUGUCUCAUUUAUGAGGAGAAAAAGAGAAAUUCAAUAUAUUUUUGUAUUACAAGCUGUAAAAUAAAAAAUAACCCGGUGAUGUAAAUCGAGGUUAAGUACAUGUCCACUAUUACAAUGUUACAAUUUUGUACGCGUCAUGGCAGAAGAUCCCUGCCAUGGCGGAAUGAAAAAAACCCACAUUUUACAGAGUUUCUAUGUUGCACUUAGUUUUCCAUGGGUAAGACUUUUUUCAUCCGCGGCCUUGAAUGAUGACUGUUGCUGAUAUUUGCAAUUUAUUAAAAAUUAUUUAACAUGUAUACUUCUUACACUAUUACUAUCACUUGGUCCUCGAGGGUUCGAAUCCCACUGGGACGUGGAGACUGGUCCUUCGGAUGAGACCGUAUAAACCGAGGUCCCGUGUCGCAGUAGGUGCUGGCACGAAACGGAUCCCUCCCCGCUCAAUGGCCCUAAGUGCCGAGUUUAGGACAAAAUUUUUAGCCCUCCACCGGCAAGUGGUGGCGUCUCCAUAUGAGUGAAAAAUUCUCAAGAGGGACGUUAUACUUUUAGGUCAUAACUCUUACUGGUCGCCCACACACGAGGCAAAGUGGUAAGCAUUAGAGUCACGGAGUAAGAAGUUUAUCCUUAGGUGGCGUGUUCGAAUCCCACGGCAGGACAUGAAGACGGGUCCUUUUGAUAAGACCGUAAAAGUCGAGAUCCCUGAUCCAAGUCGCAGUAGGUACUUGCACGUAAAAUAUUCCUUAUACUUAAUAAAGACCGAGUACAGGUCAAAAUUUGCUGCACUCAAAAAGCAAGGUUGCGUCUCAAUUAUAGGUGAAAAAUUCAUGAAAAAAAU